AUGGUUUCACUUGGGGGGGGGUCGGCGGAAAAUGCCGUUGUUCAGCGCGUAGCCCCAGGCUCCCAGGCUGCACGUUUUCAUGUCCUGGUCGGCUGGACAGUGGCGGCAAUCGGAGGCGAAAAUGUGCGAACCGCUAGAGACAAUAAAACCACAAAGUACGGCCGAAGAAUCGAGAACAGGUUGCGGGUGGCGUCGACUUACCACCUCAUUUACACGGUCACCUUCUUGGGGCCCGCGCCACCGGUGGACCACGAGAAGGUCCAGGAGCAGGAAGAUGCGCUCUCGAAUCUGGAUCGGCUGACGAGUUCCCAGCGAGACCAAAACUUGGACGCGCUGGAAGGCCUGAACACCUUCGAGGCAGGGGAGUUGCUGCAGCGCCACCGGGCCGUGCACGGCCUCCUGCGAGGCGGUAUCGACGAGCUCUCGGUGAUCUUCCGGGAGAUGAGCGCGGGGCAGAUCAGGCGGUGUCGCAGCGCGUGGGCGCGCCUACGGGCUGGUGAGGCGUGCCGCCUUGGCGAGAUGACGGAGGCGGAAAUGCGUUACGAGGACGGUCGUGGCGACACGGUCGUGCACAUGGUGGCGUCGCCAGAUGCCCUCGCCGACGCCAUCAGCGUGGUGCCCGCUCAGAUGCUGACGCGCGCGAACGGCUCGGGGGAGAAGCCGCUGGAGUGCAUGCUGCGGCGAGCGGGGCCCUCUGCCAGGCUGAAGCUCCUCGGCCUAAUGGGGAAGCACUCGCCUGGCGCCCUCCGGGCCCCUUUUGCGGACGGUGCGCCCCUAGCACUGUCUCUCGACGAGGAGGAGCGCCGGUUGUUGCCGUCGCCGCCUGUCUCGUGGCAGGACGUCAGAGAGGUGCUCUUGGCCGACGACAUCGAGAGUUUUCGGAGGGGCUACGCGAAGGCAUCGGGAUUGUUGUUGGCAGCAUGUUCCGACCUCGAGCCGGGAGAUCAUCCUGCCAUUUGGAUUGGCCUACUCUCUGAGCAUUGCUUCGGAGUGCUCGACAGUGCCUCUCCCACGUCAGCCGACGGGACGACGGCCCAACUGAGACACACACACGCCUCCCGCGAACGUCUGAAGGUCGUAUGGCAUGCCAUCAAGCUUGUUCUCGAAGCCUGCGCAGGCGGGAUCUCGAACCUGGACAGCGACGUGUUGGACUCAGAGACGAAGCAGCCGGUCCCGCACACGGACCUGAAGGGUAUAUCGCGGGGCCUGCUUGUUGCCACGAAGGGGCCCGGACGACCGCCGUUCGACCCUCGGGAGCCGUACAGGAAGGACUUCGUGGCCCUCGUCCGAGAGCUGCAGUCGCGCUCGGCCAGUCGAGUGAAGGAGGUGCUCCAGGAGCUGCAGCAGGCCGAGCCCGAAGCGGCUGGGGUGGUCUCCCGCGAGAUCCCCAGCAGCGAGCUCCACGGCCUCGACACGAGCCGGGCCGAGGCGCGCGAGGCGCCUCCGCGGCUCCGCCUGGACUCGGGCCUCGCCGCGGAGGUGGAGGAUGUGGCGCCCAUGUCCACGCCAGAGUGGGUGCUUGCCCACGCAUUGACAUGGAGAUGGUCGAUAUUCUGA